AUGCUAGGGCUCCGAUCUCUCCUCUCUCCGCCGUCCAAACUCCCGCUCUCCCAAUUCACAUCAGCUCUGCCCCGGAGAAUAUGUCAAACUGUUUUCUUGCGGCCUUUCUCGCAGGGUUUCGGGGCCACCCUUUCCACCCGAUCGAUAUGGAAUACCUCUGAGGCAAUGUCGACUGGAUUGAAGAAUCUGUGCUCUCGAAGUGUUAAAGCAUUUGGCUCGAUGUCAGCAAUUGGACAGACCCGGGGAAUGAAGACACGAUCCUCUGUUAAACGACUAUGCGAAGGAUGCAAGCCCGUUCGACGGAAGAAUCGUGUGUAUAUUAUUUGCUCAAAAAACCCAAAGCACAAACAGAGACAAGGCAAAUAG